ACCGGGCCACCAUGCAGGAGAAAAGAUACAGGUCUUCGAAAUACGGCACUCGGAAGAGAGAUUUAAAUUUAAUAUCAAAUUUACUUUAUAUCUUAUAAAAAUUUUGAUAAUUAAUAUAGAUUGUUACUAAAGGUAUCAGGUUAAAUUAGUGAGGGUUCAUAACAUAAGGUUGAAGUUGAGGUUAUAAAAAACUUGUUAAUAAUUUUGUUAACUCCGAUCAGUAUAUUCAGUUUGUCUCGGCAAGCUCCCCCACUCAAUCGGCUCCUUUUUCGAACAAUUACUUACCUUUAAAUAUAUAACAAAUUAUAAAUCAUUUUAAUUUAUUGAUUCAGAUAUAUAUCUCAUUGGGAGCCUCAAUUAAAGGAACGUAUUGCAUUUAAUUAUUUGCUGUAUUUUCAUUGUUAUAGACAUAUCAAAAAGUUGAUACAUCACCAGACCCCCACGUCAUCAUUAUCAUUAUCAUUAUAUAGACCCGAAUAAUCCCCUAGCAUGUAUUCUAUAUUGUAUAAUUUUAUCUUAUUAAUCCUGGUGGUGAUACAAACAUCCUUUGCAUUACCACCUAAAUUAGGUGCAACAAAUGAUCUUCAAAAACAAUAUUUAAUCACUGAUCUUCCAGGACUUCAUAAAAAUAUUCCCACUGAAGAAGUCCCACUAAUGUUUUCAGGUCAACUACAACUAUAUCCUGAUAAAGAAACUCAUUACUUCUUUUGGAAGUUUUCUGAUUCUAAUAAAAUCCCUGAAAAUAAUAAAAGAACUAUAUUUUGGCUUAAUGGUGGUCCUGGAUGUUCUUCAAUGGAUGGUGCCCUCAUGGAAGCAGGACCCUUUCGUAUUAAUAAAGAUAAGCAAGUCACUUAUAAUAAUGGUUCAUGGCAUAAAGCAGCAGAUAUAAUCUUUGUAGAUCAACCAGGUGGUACUGGAUUUAGUUACACAGAUAAAUAUGAUCAUGAAUUAUAUGAAGUUACAGACCAUUUCUUAAAAUUCUUAGAGAAAUAUUUUGAAAUUUUCCCAGAAGAAUUAUCUAACGAAAUUUAUUUUGCAGGUGAAAGUUAUGCUGGUCAAUAUAUUCCAUACAUAGCUGAUGGUAUUUUAAAAUAUAAUAAAUUAAAUACAACGGAAACUCCAUAUAAUUUAAAGGGUUUAUUAAUUGGUAAUGGUUGGAUUUCACCAAAUGAACAAAGUUUAUCAUAUUUGCCUUUUGCCGUUCAAGCAGGCAUAAUCAAUAGCAAUAAUCCUCGUUGGCAACAAAUUCUCGUACAACAAGAAAGGUGUCAAAAAAUAGUAAAUCAAAUUGAUAGCUAUCAAGAUGAUGCUAUUCAUGCAGAUGAAAUUUCUUCUACUGAUUGUGAAAGAAUAUUGACAUAUGUUUUACAAUAUACAAGAGAUAAUAAUGCUCCAGAAUAUGAACAAUGUUAUAAUAUGUAUGAUUAUACUUUGAAAGAUUCUUAUCCUUCUUGUGGAAUGAAUUGGCCACCUGAUUUAGUAACGGUGACUCCAUUUUUAAGAGAGGAAGAAGUUAUGAAUGACUUGAAUUUAAUUGAACAUAAGCAAUGGCAGGAAUGUAAUGGAAGAGUUGGUAGCAGUUUGAGUGCUAAAAAUUCAAUUCCUUCUGUUCAUUUAUUACCUGGAAUAUUAGAAGAAAUUCCUGUUAUAUUAUUUAAUGGUAAUUUGGAUAUUAUUUGUAAUUAUUUUGGUACUGAAAACUUUAUUAAAAAAUUAACUUGGAAUGGCCAAAAAGGUUUCUCUGAAGAUUUAGAUGCCAUGAAUUGGUUAUAUGGUAAUGAAACUGCUGGUUAUAUUAAGUCAGAAAGAAAUCUAACCUUUGUGAAUGUGUUUAAUGCAUCACAUAUGGUACCUUUUGAUAAGCCAGAAAUAUCAAGAGCUUUGAUUGAUUUAAUUACUGGAAAUUAUGAUGAAUCAAUAAAAGAAACAGAUGGUACAAAAUCAUUAAUUACAUAUCCUCUUGGAGUUAGACAAGCAAAAAUUGCAGCCGUGGAAGACUCUUCAUCUACUGGACCUGCUUCACAAACAACUGCUACAGGAUCCGAUACAGAUGCAGCUUCGGACUCAGAUUCAGAUUCAGAGGAAGAAACUUCUGAACCAGCUUCUAGUUCAUCUAGCAGCCGUAUAACCAGAUUGAUUCAAUUAUUAGUCAUCAUAGUAUUGAUCUGGGGCUUAUAUGUUCUUUAUUCAUCAUACAAGUCAAGACCAUCAUCAAUAAUCAAAACUGGACCAACUUCUGGUAAGAAAAAGAAUGUUCAAUGGGCAGAUCAAUUGCGUAGAUUCCAAGAAGACGAUCAAGAUGCUCAAAAUCAGCAGCAGCAAGGUUUCUUUGUCAAAACAUUUAAUAGACUCACUGGUAGUGUUACCGAUGGCCGCGGAAAUUACGCGCCUACUUCUGCAAAAGUUUAUGAAGAUAUUGAAUUAGGUGAAGGAAUAGCAUUGAAUGAUAAUGAUCAUACUAUGGAUGAUUUCAUUAUUGACAGUGAAGAAGAGGAAGUAGGACAAGUAGAAAAUGGAGAGAAUAUUGAAGUACCUGAUGUUGAACCUCCAAAGAUAUCAGACAAUGAAGUUAGACAAUCUUCAGAUUCUUCGUCAUAG